AUGCGCAGAUCCGAGGCGAAGAAGUGGAUGGUGCUGCUGCACCAGGUCAGCACGGUGCUGCGCUCCGAGGAGCAGCGCUUCAACCUGGCGCAGCGCCUGGAGGCGGCUUUGCAGCGCCAAAGCGCGCUCAAGGAGCUGCGGGCCAUCCUGGAGGCUGCCCAGGAAGUGCCUGGCCUGCAUCCCUCUGCCCUGGAAAGGGUGCAGCGUCAGAUCGAGGUGUGUGAAGGACGGGUCCGAGCACGCUGGGGUCUUGUUGGAGCCAUGAUGUCUGCCAGAGUCUCCAGCAUGCUUGCGUGUGUCCAGGGCUCCACAUGGGUGCGCACAGCCAUCAAAGAGGCCAAGAGCGCGGGGCUGGAAAAGAGGGACCUGGAGGUGGCCCUUGACUUUUUCGACAGGAUGGAGCACACGCGCGCUUUGCAUGUCGACUUGACAGAGGCAGUCUCCACCCGGAACUUUGUGCAGCUCAGGAGCAUCAUCAAGCAGAUGGACAUCGCUUAUGUUGGCGAGCCCACGGACCACGUCAGUCGCUGCCGUACGAACCUGGCCAAAGCCAAGCUGGACUUUCUGCUUGAACAGGACGCCGCUGCCCGAGGCUUGCUGAGCAUCCUGGACGCGCGGCGCAAGACAUUGUACCUCACGGAGCUGCCCAAGGAAAUCGAGAACGCCAAGCGCUUGCACGUGGACGCAGGAGACAUCACCCGAGCGGAGGAGGCCUUGGAGGUGGCACAAGCCCACGAUCUCUUGCAGGGGGCUGUGGAGUGUGGAGAUGUGCAGGCGGUGAAGGCCGCCAUCCAGAACGCCCGGCGCUGCGAGCAUUUCAAGGACUGGCACCUGCAAGACCAGGAGAAGCACAUGGAGCAGGCCGAACUAUUUCGGCGCAUCAGCGAGGCUUUGGCGGCCAACCAUUUCCAGGAAGCCAAACAGCUUCUGCAGAAGUGGAAGGCUCGCGACUUCGACAAGGAUGCCAUUAAGCAGUUGGAGGCCGCCGUGCAGCGCGCGGAUUCGGAGAUCCUGAAAGACGCGCAGGCGAUCCUUGACGGCUUGAAGCCUCUCACCUUCAAUGGCAAAGAGCUCACACCUGACAGUUUCCAGCAGCUGCAUAGCCUCGCCGCCAGCUUGCGGGACUGCGAUGUGAUCCUUCAGCUGGAGAGCUUCAGUGGCCACAAAGCCUUCACAAUUGCGCAAGACCUGGCGAACGGGCGAGCCGAAGCUGUGAAGUCCGCGUUGAGGAAGUUUGGCUGCAAGCACAGGAUCCUGACGAAAGCCUGGGCCAAUGCAGAUCCGGGGAUGCAGCGGUCAGUGCUGAGGAUUUCGGCGCUGGAGAAGCCGAAUGGUGAGACUGGGAAGUGA